CUGGGAAGUCUUGUCAUCGCCAGUUCCAUAAAGCAGCUCGAAGUGGCGUUUCUUGAAACGAAGAUCCUCUCUUCGGAUUUCAGAGACCCUGUCGCUGGACCACUGCUUCUAGAAGGCGAACUUUAAUUUGGAUUAAGCAACAAGGGGAUAAUGCAAGUUGUUCCAAGAGAGGGUGAAAAUGCUUUAUCAGUGGCUGGUCCCAGACCAAUGGAAUGGUCUACCAUUCCAUAUGGCGCUCCUCCUCAAGGACCCAUGCCAAAUGGGAGACAGAGAACAUCAAGCUUAGAAUCACCUAUCAUGUUAUUAACAGGUCACCAGAGCGCUAUCUACACUAUGAAGUUCAACCCUGCUGGGACAGUCAUUGCAUCUGGGUCUCAUGACAGAGAAAUUUUCUUAUGGAAUGUGCACGGGGAUUGCAAAAACUACAUGGUCUUGAAAGGGCACAAAAAUGCAAUUCUGGAUCUUCAGUGGACAACGGAUGGUUCUCAGAUAAUAUCAGCCAGUCCUGACAAAACCCUAAGAGCCUGGGAUGUGGAAACGGGCAAACAAGUAAAAAAGAUGGUAGAACAUUCUUCAUUCGUCAACUCAUGCUGUCCUUCACGGAGAGGUCCUCCUCUCGUGGUGAGCGGGUCUGAUGAUGGAACUGCUAAGCUUUGGGACAUGCGUCAAAGAGGUGCCAUCCAAACAUUUCCAGAUAAAUACCAAAUCACGGCGGUUUCUUUUUCUGAUGCAUCGGAUAAAAUUUUCACUGGGGGAAUAGACACUGAGGUGAAGGUAUGGGACAUACGUAAAGGUGAAGUUACCAUGACCCUUCAAGGCCACCAAGAUACAAUAACAGGUAUGCAGUUGAGUCCUGAUGGUUCCUAUCUCCUUACUAAUGCUAUGGACUGUAAGCUCUGCAUUUGGGAUAUGCGACCCUAUGCGCCGCAAAACCGUUGCGUGAAGAUAAUGGAAGGUCACCAGCACAACUUCGAGAAGAACCUACUGAAGUGCGGCUGGUCGCCGGACGGAAGCAAGGUCACUGCUGGCAGCGCGGAUCGCAUGGUCUACAUCUGGGACACAACAUCCCGUCGGAUCCUGUACAAGCUCCCGGGCCACACGGGAUCCGUGAACGAGACCGUGUUCCAUCCGACCGAGCCCAUCAUCGGAUCUUGCGGUAGCGAUAAGCAGAUAUACCUCGGCGAGAUCUGAGAGGCUCAUAUAGUUUCAGAGCAAAUUUUCCUUAAUUGGUGUGUGGCAAAACUUCUCUAGAGAGCAUUUGGUAGGACCUUUUUUCAAGGAGUAAUUUGUUUGGGUUGGAGUACUUUUCACAUUAUCUUGGAUCUCAAUGUUGUCCAACAUCUCUCCCCCUUAA